GGUAACAAGGACGCAAGUCCUGGACUCGUAACAAAGUGGUGGACCUAUCAAAGCAAAACGCUUGCAGUGUAUACAGUGGCAUCUUAGAGCACGAAUGAAAAAUUCCGACAGCACCAUGCCACCGACUUUGGUUCUGGCGAAGAAAUCGUUAAAGAAGGUUCCACGGGUGGAAGAUGCCCCGCAAUACAAGAGCAUCAAUUUAGAUGAGAAUGACCUUCAGAAGCUUGAUAAUAUCGACUGCUAUCUGAAAAUUGAAAAGCUCUCUCUUAGCAAAAAUCAACUUCUACGAAUGUACGGCGUGUGUCGAUUGCAUUGCUUGCGAGAACUGAAUUUGUCGUUCAAUGGUAUAUUAACCAUUGAGGGACUGAAAGAUUUAGUGCAUUUAACUUACCUAAACCUGGAGUGUAACAACAUUAAGACAAUAGAGCAUUUGAACACUAAUGUAAAUCUACAGACGUUGAACUUGGCAGAGAACAGCAUUACGAGUGUUUCUGAUAUUUCUUCUUUAAAAAAACUGAAGGAUCUUUUUCUGAAUGGAAACAAGAUUUCGCAUUUAAGACAAUGCGAUAAAUACUUACCUACAUCUUUGGAAACGCUAACGCUAGCGAAGAACAACAUUUGCGAUCUCAACGAGAUAUGCACGUUAGCCCACCUUAAUAAUCUUAACAGCAUCACGAUAGCCGACAACCCAUGCGUUCAAAUGGCUGGGAAUGCGGUCGGAUUCGAUUAUCGCCCCUUUGUGCUCAACUGGUGUAUGAGCUUGAAGCAUAUAGAUGGUUUUAUAGUUACUGCCAUAGAAAGUCUAAAAGCCGAGUGGCUAUACAGCCAAGGUCGAGGUCGCCAAUUUCGCGUCGGUGAACAAACCGCUUUAUCACGUUAUUUGAGUAGCGUUUGCCCCCUUUCUGGCGAAGCGUUGGAAAACCAGAAUGAAAGAAAGUUGAGGCUUAUUCUCAGCAAAGCACAACAGCAUCAACGCCAGUUGCAGGAGCAAACUACACAAGGAAGCGAUGUGGCAAGCCAAUCGGUUAACAAUUCCCCUUCAUCGCUACGCCGGAAAGGACAAACCACUCGCAUUCAGUCACCUCGCGUUAUGAGACUUAGUGGACGACAAAACUCCCCAGAUGCGAUGUCUAAUAGCUACCAUGGCAACCUUUCGUCAAAUAACUCCUUGUCCUCUGGUAGUCAAAACGAAAAUUCAGGAGGAAGUUCACAAUUGUUUGAAUUGACUAGAUCAUUGAUCGACAAUAUCACUUCGGAUGAAAACAUUAUGUCACAAAGUUUGGACCCGAAUAUGCUGGCUGCCAACAACGGAGGAGUAGCAAUUUCUACCAGCUCUAUUAUAUCCCGAUCGAUGAACGAAACAGUUGUUUCGAACAAACAACAAACUUCUUCAAAUCACGAUUCAAUACUAUACACUGAUCAUGCACCGUCGUCAUCCUUGCCAAUAAUGUUGAGCGAUGGUCCGCUGACUGCCGCUUCAAAGAUGGUACCGGUGCCGGAGUCUCUGAUGAGUCCUGAUUGCGCUCCCAGUGCAGCAAGUGCAGCCAGCAUUGUUCAACGCAGUUUGCAAAACUGCAAUCAGCAAACUCAACCACAAACUCCCCAAAUACCAAAGGCUCUCAAAAUGAAAGACAUUAAUCGAUCGACGGGUCCAAUUGGUAGUCCUUUUUCAGUUAUGAAGGGAGGGAGUCCACGCAAAACGUCUACCUCUUCUGCGGUAGGAAAUGGAUGUAUACCUGAUUCGCAACCAGUUUCGUCCCAAUCCAAGUGUUUCGUUGAGCCCCCAACUUCUUCGGAAUGUGAUUCAAGCAAUGUUGUCAGCUCUGAUGAUGAAAGCGAAACAGUCCAUGUUGAAAAGCUGCAAAAUAUUCGUCAUAAAAUAGCUCAACAAAAGUUAUCGCCGCAAUGUUGCGUUAAAACCAACGGAAACUUAUCGCAGUCUACAAAAGAAUCGAUAGAUGAUGAAGAAAAGAAAACAGUCGAAAAUUCAGCGAUUUUCAUUCAAAAGUUUUGGCGCGGCUAUAUUGAUCGAAAACGUAUUUGCGGUAUGGUAGAGAAACUGUAUCACAAGCGCACUAACGACCAUAUUAUGCAGUUGACAAAAGAUAUGCAAAUAACUAAGCAUCAAUUAGAGACUGGUCACAAAAUUCAGCAACUGCAAAUGCAAGCUUUGCGGCAGCUGUGGCGAAAGGUUUCAUUGAUUAAUCAAAAUGGAAAAUUCGCUGACUCUUGUGGGCAACGACAAGUUUCCGAAAAAGAAAAUGUAGCUAGAGAGUUUACGCCGGUACGACCGGUAGACAAUUCUCAUGAGAAUGGGGGAACUUCUCUUAAUGAUCUUACCAAAUCUUGUUCGAUGCUAAUGGAUCAAGUACAGCUACUCCAGAGUGCCGUGCAAGAUAUUGUUAGAUGCAUGCAGUUUUUGAUACAGCAGUCAACGCAGUGCAAUAUUGAAACUCAAACGGAUAUCAUUGCGGUACAUUCUCCCCAGGAAGAGGACACUUCUUUCCCGUUCCAAAUAUCGGAUGUACCUAGUAAGAAUCUUAAUUAUUCCAAACAAGGUACAGUAUUAAUGUGCAAGUUGCCAAGACCGUCUACCCUGCCGAUAACAGAAACUUCAACGAAAACUGAUCUGGGUCAGAAAUUAAAUGACGAAGAAUCUAUCUCUGUUGUAUAUGAGAUUGUCCAACCUCAGGCAAAUGUAACGAAAAGUGAAUAUGAAGAAUGUGGAUCUAUGCAAAGAAUAGCUAAAGAGGAAACAACAAUAGCAGACACAAACCAGGACGAGGAGUAAA